UGCCCUCAGGCGGUGUUGAUUGCCGCGGUCACCGCUCUAAUAUUCUGCCGACAGAAAGAGACUACGAAAAAGGGAGAAAAUUUUGAGGAAACAGUUCGAGUUCAUAUUUUGCCCAAGUCGUUCUCGUCGGUGAGAAUCGGGAUAUUGUCACCAUGCCGAAGUCAUUCAACAAGGUACACAAGCAGAUUUCGAAGAAGCGGGGAGUGCUUGAGGGGCUUCAUGAAAACAGUCGAGAUGCGAAGAGAUUGCACCGGGCCAAUUCAAGAGACGAUCGAGUGGCUCGGAUGCACACCAAGAUGGUCAGAGGGAGGAAUUCAUACCUUGAGCGCAUACUCUACUUUCAAGAGCAUGUCCCCGAGGGAUCAGGGCCGUUCUCUGACGACGAUAUCAGAGAGUUGGUGACGAGGCAUAUCAACCGCGACGUCCCCGAGAUCGAGCAAUUACAACACGAACGGCGCAAAGGUCGCCCCCCAUCGAAGCGUGAAGAGGCCUUACUACAGCGCACCGACACUGAGAAUAAAGAGCUGAAGACUGGGUUUUGGAUGCCUGACUUGAGCAACGAAGACGUGGUGAAAGCGCUCCCUCGAUGGAACCAAGUCUGGUCGAGUCUGAGUGCGAUGAAGUUUAUCCGGUUUACGCACGACGGCGGGAAACAACCUUCGACGUUUCCUCCGAAGGGACUGUCUUGAUUCUUCUAUUGUUUUCCUUUGAAAAAAAAAAAAAAAAGGUGGCUUUCGUUGAUAUCCAUACUGCU